AUGGGUCAAAAGUUUCACGCUUUUAUGUUCCCAUGGUUUGCUUUUGGUCAUAUGACACCGUUCUUGCAUUUAGCCAACAAGUUAGCUGAAAAAGGUCAUAGGGUUACUUUCUUGCUUCCUAAGAAAGCUCAGAAACAGUUGGAACAUCUUAAUUUGUUCCCAGACACCAUCGUCUUUCACCCGCUAAAGAUUCCUCAUGUUGAUGGCCUCCCUGCUGGAGCCGAGACCGCCUCGGAUAUCCCAGUAUCGCUGGUGAAGUUCUUGUCCGCAGCCAUGGAUCUGACACGCGAUCAGGUCGAAGCCGCAGUUCGUGCCCUGAGACCGGAUCUGAUCUUGUUUGAUAUUGCUCACUGGAUUCCGGAAAUGGCUAAAGAACAUAAAGUCAAGAGUAUGAUGUAUAACGUCAUAUCAGCUAACUGUAUAGCUCAUGACCUUGUCCCUGGUGGUGAGUUAGGAGUUCCUCCACCUGGUUAUCCUUCAUCGAAGGUGUUGUACCGUGGACAUGAUGCUCAUGCCGUGUUGUCCUUCUCCGCCUACUACAAGAGGUUUUAUCAUCGAGUCACCACAGGUCUUAUGAAUUGCGAUUUCAUUUCGAUUAGGACAUGCGAAGAAAUCGAAGGUAAGUUCUGCGAUUAUAUCGAGCGUCAGUACCAGAGGAAAGUUCUCUUGACCGGUCCAAUGCUUCCUGAGCCAGACAAGAGUACACCACUUGAAGAUCGAUGGAGUAAUUGGCUCAACGGGUUAGGACAGGGCUCGGUAGUGUUCUGUGCAUUAGGAAGUCAAAUCACUCUUGAGAAAGACCAAUUCCAAGAACUCUGUUUAGGAAUGGAGCUCACUGGUUUACCGUUUCUUGUAGCGGUGACGCCACCAAAAGGCGCAAAGGCGAUUCAAGAAGCGUUACCAGAAGGGUUCGAGGAGAGGGUGAAGGGUCGUGGAGUGGUUUGGGGAGAAUGGGUGCAGCAACCACUGAUAUUGGCUCAUCCAUCAGUAGGCUGCUUUGUGAGCCAUUGUGGGUUUGGGUCAAUGUGGGAGUCUCUGAUGAGUGAUUGUCAAAUAGUCUUGCUUCCAUAUUUGAAUGACCAAGUUCUCAACACGAGAUUGAUGACCGAGGAACUUGAGGUCUCUGUAGAGGUGCAGAGAGAAGAAACAGGAUGGUUUUCAAAAGAAAACCUGAGCGGUGCGAUCAUGUCUGUGAUGGACAAAGACAGUGAAGUAGGGAACCGGGUAAGGAGGAGCCACGCCAAGUUGAAGGAGGUUGUGGUUAGUCCUGGAUUAUUAACCGGUUACACGGAUAAAUUUGUUGACACUUUGGAGAAUCUAGUCAACGAUACGAAUCUUGAAUGA